CGCGGAGGCCGUGGCUGGCUCCGCCUGCUUCCCUGGCUAGCGGGGCGGGCCGGGCCGCGGGGCUCUGUGGGGACAUGGCGGCGGCCCGCCGAGGGAGAGCGGGAGAUCCUCGCGGCGGCUUCCGGAGGGACGCGGGGGAGCCGGAGCCCGGGGUGCCGCAGGGGCUGAUCAGAGCGGCCAGGAAGAGCGGCCAGUUAAACCUGGCAGGCCGCGACCUGAGUGAGGUACCUGCAAAUGUGUGGAGAAUAAAUUUGGAUAUUCCGGAGGAAGCCCAUCAAAAUCUGUCUUUUAGUGCUGCUGAUCGCUGGUGGGAGCAAACAGAUCUGACCAAACUCAUCUUAGCCUCAAACAAACUGCAGUGUCUUUCUGAGGAUGUCAGACUUUUGCCUGCUCUCACUGUACUGGAUGUACAUGAUAAUCAGCUGACAUCAAUUCCUUCUGCUACAGGAUUUUUGGAAAAUCUUCAGAAGCUCAAUGUCAGUCACAACAAGCUGAAAAAUGUUCCAGAAGAGCUGAUGCAGCUGAGUCAGUUGAAGAGCCUGCUUCUCCAACACAAUGAAUUGAGUCAUUUACCAGAUGGGUUUGGACAGCUUAUCAGUUUAGAAGAGUUAGAUCUUUCCAACAACCAACUUGCAACCAUUCCAUCCAGUUUUGCUUUCCUAACCAGGUUGGUGCGACUCAAUUUGGCCCAUAACCAACUGAGGAGCCUGCCAGCAGAAAUCAGCGCAAUGAAAAGGUUAAAACAACUGGAUUGUACUAAAAACCAGUUGGAAACCAUACCUUCUGAAUUGGCCAGCAUGGCAUCUUUAGAACAGCUUUAUCUAAGAAAAAAUAAAUUACAGUACUUACCAGAAUUUCCAUCAUGCAAGUUACUGAAGGAGUUACAUGUUGGUGAAAAUCAGAUUGAAGUGUUAAGUGCAGAGCAUCUUAAGCAUCUGAAUUCUCUCUGCGUGUUAGAGCUUAGAGAUAACAAGCUAAAAUCACUGCCUGAUGAAAUUACUCUGCUUCAGGGGUUGGAGCGACUUGACUUAACCAACAAUGAUAUCAGUAGCUUGCCUUGUGCUCUGGGGAAUCUUCCUCAGUUGAAACUCCUGGCACUAGAGGGAAAUCCUUUGAGAACUAUUCGAAGAGACAUAUUACAAAAAGGCACCCAAGAACUCCUGAAGUAUCUGAGAAGCAAAAUCCAAGAUGAUACAACUAGCCUGAAUGAGGGGUCUCCUGUGACAGCCAUGACUCUUCCAAGUGAGUCAAGGAUUAACAUUCAUGCCAUAACUGCAUUAAAAGUAUUAGAAUAUAGUGAGAAACGAGCAGCUGUGAUUCCUGAUGAAAUAUUUAAUGCAGUCGGUAGCAAUUCUAUCACUACUGUAAACUUCAGCAAGAAUCAGCUGAAUGAAAUUCCAAAAAGGAUUGUGGAGCUGAAAGAAUCAGUCUGUGAUGUCAAUCUUGGCUUCAAUAAACUCUCCACCAUUUCCUUGGAGCUCUGUGUACUUCAUAAAUUGACACACUUGGAUAUCAGAAAUAACUUUUUGACAUCUUUACCUGAGGAAAUGGAAGCCCUGAUAAGACUGCAAAUAAUAAAUCUUUGCUUUAAUAGGUUUAAAAUAUUUCCCAAUGUUCUUUAUCGCAUCCCAACACUUGAAACUAUCCUACUCAGUAACAAUCAGGUUGGAUCCAUUGACCCUCUGCAAAUAAGGAAGAUGGACAAGCUUGGCACCAUAGACCUUCAGAAUAAUGACCUCCUUCAAGUGCCACCAGAACUUGGAAACUGCGUAAAUCUUAGGACACUUCUGCUAGGAGGAAAUCCAUUCCGCACUCCUCGAGCAGCGAUUUGCAAAGGAACAGCUGCUGUAUUAGAAUACCUAAGAAGUCGAAUUCCUACUUGAUCAGAGUACACUUAUUCUUUUGUUAGGCUUAUGGAUCAAAAUACAAGCAAGAUUUUUAACAUCAGAAACCCAAAGGCCAUACACCAUUUUAACUGACUUCCUUCCUGUUUGGCAACUAUUGAGUGUUUUUUCUCUGCAUGUUUUCCAAAAAAAAACAAAACCAAAAAAACAAAAACAGCCCAUCCAUAAAAUCUCACCGAUUUUCUUCCAGAGUUGCAUAGAUCAACAUUUCAAUUGAAAAUACUACAAUGCUACUUUUCUUUAUUUGUAAUUCAGUGAUUUAAUUGGAUACUACCAUUAAUAAAAGCAAUUUUUUUUUACAAUUCAGUUAUUUAAUUAAGAACACUAAAGGGGUUGCAUAAAAGAUAAAAAGUAAGCUUUCUGAUUUUCUUAGGUUUGUAUUGCCCAUAGCUGUGGGACCAAAUGCUUUAUAGCAGAGGAGCUCUUAAGCAAAUUGGUAAGUGUUUCACACUGUCUGCCUACUGUUAAAUGCCUGAAACCUUAAAUUACACAGCAAUGCUUUAAUAAUAAUGGUAAGGAUACAAUAUGAACUGUGCUACAAAGAGUGUGUUUGUUUGAAUAGUAAUAAAUAAAUAUUUCCUGUUGGGUAUAAACCAUUACCUUUGUUUAGUUUAAUGCACCAGUCAAGCUCUCUAGCUCAAUAAUGUUUAUAUAUGCUUGCCAUCUUACAUACAAAUGUGUUUGUUCAUCCUGGAAAUGGCACCUUAAGAUGCAUCAACACUGGUGAUAAAUUUGUAGGGGGAUGUGUGUCAGAUCUGAACUGCAAUGUAAAUGUAUAUACAUUGCUCUUUUUUAGGCUUUUAUAUGCAAUAAAUUGUAGCCUAAAUCAAAAUUGA